ACAGACAAUACAUACAGGCAGGAUGCUCGUCGUCUCAGGACCAGUGCAGCUAUCUACGAGUUCGAACACACUCCAGCACGCACCUGCGAUCAUGCGUGAGAAGCGCCGGCUCCCCGACGCCAACACAGCGGCUUCUCCCCCGCCUAUCAAGCGCACGCGGUCCUUUACAGACUACGAAUACGAAGAAAUGCUAGCGACCGUCUUGACCAUGACUGAGGACUUGUACUUGCUGCUCGAUGUGGUGGCCGACAUAUGCCACGACCAGCGAUGCCGACGAUGCACCACCAUCGACGUCAUCACCCUCCAGAGGAAGCUCGUUGCCAUUGAGAACGCAGUCAUGGACGUGGACGAUGCCAAGGCCGCUGCAUACAGCCUCCGCGCAGUCCAAGCCAUGUGUGUAGACAUGUUUGCAGUUCUCAAGUUCAUCAUGGGAGGCGCGCAUUACGCAGACAUCGUGGCACUCAACCUCGGCCAUCUCGUGCUAGGCAGCCGCAACCAAUUCGCCCAGUUCAUGAUGCAAUACUCACUGAAUUAAAGUUCUUAUCUAUCCGACAGCUCCGUGUACCGUAGGCAGUAUGCCGUAGCAGUUUUAACCAUAAAAGUUUGCCACUCAUUUCUUGUGGCGAAGGUUCGAACUCUCCCGACGGCGGGCCAGCUUCAAC